GUUCAACUCUUAAGGAUGCUGGUCUCUUUUUACAGGAAGAUUGUGGAUAGAAUAGAUGACAACAAAGAUGGCUAUCUCACAACAGAGGAAUUAAAAACCUGGAUUAAACGGGUACAGAAACGCUAUAUCUAUGAAAAUGUGGCCAAAGUUUGGAAAGACUAUGAUCUAAACAAGGACAAUAAAAUUGCCUGGGAGGAAUACAAACAGGCCACAUACGGUUAUUAUCUAGAAAAUCCAGAAGAAUUCCAAGAUGCAACUGAUCAGCACAGUUUUAAAAAAAUGCUGCCCAGAGAUGAAAGACGAUUCAAAACUGCAGAUCUGGAUGGAGACUUAUCUGCCACUCGUGAAGAAUUCACUGCCUUCCUUCACCCAGAGGAGUUUGAACAUAUGAAAAACAUUGUUGUCUUAGAAACCUUAGAAGACAUAGACAAAAACGGGGAUGGUUUUGUGGAUCAAGAUGAGUACAUUGCUGAUAUGUUUGCAAAUGAAGAGGGGGGACCAGAGCCUGACUGGGUGAUUACAGAGCGUGAACAGUUCUCAGAUUUUCGUGACCUCAACAAGGAUGGAAAGAUGGACAAAGAGGAGAUUCAGCACUGGAUUCUCCCACAAGACUAUGACCAUGCACUAGCUGAAGCCAGGCACUUAGUCUAUGAAUCGGAUGUAGACAAGGAUCAAAAACUAACGAAAGAGGAGGUUCUAGACAACUGGAAUAUGUUUGUCGGAAGCCAAGCUACUAAUUAUGGGGAGGACCUCACAAGAAACCAUGAUGAGCUAUGAUACAGUAUACCAGCCAGUAUAUGCCACAAACCUAUUCUCCACUUCACUGAAAUCCUUGUGUCCAUCCCCUCUUUUUGGGAAGAUGGGCAAAGGACACACUCACAACUGAACGACUUGCAUUAAUGUAUUUUUAACAUGCCAGCUUAUUACCUCAGAAACUGUAUAGAAAUAGCUUUUUACUCUUUUCACAUGCUUAAAAACAAUAUCUAAUUACUACAGUUUUAUUUUGGAAAAAAGGUAACUUCUUAAUAGAUUAGAGCCUGAUGUGGAACAGGCACUUCUAGAGCAUAAUUGCAAGGAUCUUUAAUAAUGGGUAUUUGAAGAAAAUUCAUUUUUUACUAUAGUGAAAUGCAGCUAGGAUUAGAAAGGAACCUAAUGUUUAAACAGACUAAGUUAAAACCGUCUUUUGUAAUAGCAUUUAACAAUUUAGAGUUAUACUUUGACCCUCCUAUCCAUAGAAAAGUUUUGACACAACAAGAUCCACAGCCUUUUUUUUUUCCACACUCUUCUUCUCUCCCAGUUUGGGCCAGAGGUGCUGAAGAAGGUAUCCAGCAGCCCUCUGGUUCAUAGCUUUCCAGGUGCAACCUGGACAACUGGCCCCUCUCUCUAACCCCCAUCACGGUCCAGAGAUGGGACACACAGCCCAACACCGCGUGCCGGCACUCCUCAGCGAGGGUUGUAGGGUUCCUACUGACAGCAGAACAACGUACAAUUGUUUGUGGGCUGUUGGUUAUGCUGUUUCCUGGGAGGAAUUAUGCCACAUGGAGCAUAAUUUGUCUCGUGCUUUUCGCACUUCACCCAAGCCCUACUCUUGUUCACACAGUGUGAAUGGCAGCAGUUCUGUGAUGGAGAAAGAAUGAGACAUAUCACCCCUCUGGGCCUUCUGUCUUCCCUGCCACAUAAGAGGACAGAUUAACGUGGCUAAAAUUCUGGUUUUGUAUGUAUAUACGAGUAAGUACAUGUUACUGAAGCAACUACACGAAGACAGCUUUCCUCCUAAAGAAAGGGGCAAACUUUCAACACAGGUGCUUUCUUUUUUACUGUAUAAUGUGAGCUGUUACGUGUAUAUUUUUAUAUACCCAACUUAGAUAAUUGUGGUUGUUUUUAAGUGUACUGGUUUUAAAAUAAGCACAAUAAAACCAAUACUUCUUUUUGAUACUAUGAAGGUGCAAUAACACUAACACACUACUAUCCUAAUACUAGGAGAUUAGGGCUCCACAACUUGGCUCAUUGGCCGGUUUCUUGAAGGUUUGGUGUACAGCAUCACACACUGGUGAUAACACAACCAUCCAGGGAGGAGCUUUUAGACUCCCAGGUUGUGAUAUACUGCAGCAAUUUAACAAGUUUGUGAAAAUCAUCAUGAGACAAUGCAGAACUGUGACGUCCGUAGACAGCGUCAUUUAUGUACAGUCAUGUAAGAACUGUGGUGAAAUGUUCUACAUCUUUCAGUUGAAGAUAAUUAAAUCUAGAUAUUAGAGCCUGGCAGAGAUUACAUGUUCUUUCUAGCACAAUUAUUAAGCUUUUGGUGUGCAUUUCUUAUGACAUUUCCAGCAGUGUCUGUGAAAAGUCCCUACCUCUUCCACUAACAUACGGUAGGGCAAAUGUCACAAGACAUAAGCGAACCCAUUUUGCUCUUUCCAUACCCUCAAGUUAAAUAAAUCCCUAAAUGCAGUGUUAUAUGAGAAGCAAUAAAAUUGUAUCUUGGCACAUGUAAAA